AUGGAUUAAUUUUUGUCCUGCGGAGUAAGGGAUACGGAUGGAAAACCAAAACUUUGAUCAUUGACCCAAAAAUUAAAUGUAGCAUUUAUUAUUUUCUUAAAAUUUGAAAGGUGAAUUCAUUAUCUAAACAAAGACAAUCCAGAACCAAAAAAAAAAAAACAGAAACAAUCACUCUCUGUUUUCUCUCGUGGUCGCUGACUUUUGUUGCAUUGGAAAAGACCAAAUGGAAGCAACAUGGGCCAUGAUCACAGGUGCAAGAAUAGCACUGACAGUUGCUGUGGUGUAUUGGGCAUGGAAGGUGGUGAACUGGUUAUGGCUGAGGCCAAUGAGGCUUGAGAGGUUGCUAAGAGAGCAAGGGCUCAAUGGUAAUUCAUACAGGCCCUUUGUUGGGGAUAUUUUGGAAAUGGUGAAGAUGGGAACAGAAGCCACUUCCAAACCCAUGAACCAACUCUCAGAUGAUAUUGUUCCUCGUAUCUUUUCCUUCUUCUGUUACACCAUCAACAAACACGGCAAGAACUCGUUUACUUGGUUUGGACCAACACCAAGGGUUAUCGUCACGGAUCCUCAGCUUGUCAAAGAUGUAUUGAAUAACAACCAUGACUUCCCAAAACCUAAUGUAAAUCCACUUAUUGGGAUUCUAGUUACUGGUCUUGUUAACCUUGAGGGUGAGAAGUGGAACAAGCACAGAAGGAUUAUCAACCCUGCAUUCAAUGUAGAAAAAUUGAAGAGUAUGUUACCAACAUUCUUCAAAAUUUGCAAUGACAUGAUCGACAAAUGGGAUGAGAAGUUGGUGUCAGAAGGAGGAUCAUGCGAAAUGGAUGUAUGGCCUUCUCUUCAGAAUUUGACUAGUGAAAUUAUUUCUCAAACAUCAUUUGGAAAUCUUGAAGAAGGAAGAAGAAUAUCGGAACUUCAGAAGGAGCAAAUUCAACUUAUAUCGAAAGUUAUACUAAAAGUUAGCAUUCCGGGUUGGAGGUUUCUUCCAACAAGUACAAAAAGGAGGAUUGUGCAAAUUGAUAGGGAGAUUGAAGCAUUGCUUAUUGAUAUGAUUACUAAAAGAGAGAAAGCAUUGGAGGCAGGUGAAGCUACCAAGAACGAUUUACUGGGAAUACUUUUGGAGUCAAAUCACAAGGAAAUUCAAGAACAUGGAAACAACAAGGAUGUUGGAAUGACAUUAAAAGAUGUGAUUGAAGAAUCCAAGGUAUUCUACGUAGCAGGGCAAGAGACCACUUCCAAUUUGCUUGUUUGGACUAUCGUGUUACUGAGUCGGUUCCCUGAUUGGCAAGCUCGGGCUAGAGACGAAGUCACAGAAUUCUUUGGCAACCUAAAACCAGACUUUGAUGGUCUAAGUCACCUUAAGAUUGUUACAAUGAUUUUAUAUGAGGUUCUUCGGUUAUACCCUCCGGCAACUGUAGUUGUUCGAAAGGUUCACAAGGAUACGAAACUUGGAAAUUUAACUUUACCAGGAGGAGUUCAAAUUUCCAUACCAAGUCUUAUGAUUCACCAUGACUCUAAUCUAUGGGGAGAUGACGCGAACGAGUUCAAACCGGACAGGUUUUCUGAAGGAGUUUUAAAGGCAACAAAAGGUCAAGUUUCAUUCCUUCCGUUCGGAUGGGGUCCUAGAAUAUGCAUUGGGCAAAACUUUGCGUUAUUGGAGGCAAAGAUGGCUUUGGCACUUAUUCUGCAGCGUUUCUCUUUCGAACUUUCUCCAGCCUAUACUCAUGCUCCAAUCACCUCACAAACUCUUAGGCCACAAUAUGGUGCUCAAAUCGUGCUACAUAGAUUAUAAACAUCACAACAAAAAUGUCUCUUACUGUGAUUUUCAUCACACACUAUUUGCUUCCUAUGUUUACUUGUGCUUUUUGUUUAUGAAGCUAAAAUAACUUGAUUCGCUGAAUCUUAAAUGUUGGAAUACUUUGAUUUGAUGUCUUGUAAUAAAAGUUUGAUUUUGUAUCAUGGAAUCUCUUGGCUUGAAUCAGGCUCUGUUUAUGGUGCAUUGUCAUGACAAUUUGCCUAAGAGAAUUACAAUUACUGAAUUAAUGUAUUUGGGGGAGCAAA